GCCAAUCAGAACGCAGAAGGCGGGACCUGCCAGAAUACGGGUGGAGGGGAAAUAACGCAUGAAAAACGGAUAAAGUCGCAGAAACAUCGACACAGAAGAGUUCAUUUCAACAGCUGGAUUUUAUCAAACUCACAGACAUGUCAGACUUUAACGACUCUUUGAACGAUGUCUCCAGUGACAGUUUCUGGGAGGUGGGUAACUAUAAGCGUACAGUGAAGCGUGUGGAUGAUGGGAACAGGUUGUGUAAUGACCUGAUGAACUGCAUACAUGAGCGUGCACGCAUUGAGAAGAGUUAUGCGCAGCAGCUCACAGAGUGGUCCAAACGCUGGAGACAACUCAUUGAGAAAGGACCUCAGUAUGGGACAGUGGAACGGGCGUGGUGCGCUCUCAUGACUGAAGCCGAGAAAGUGAGCGAUCUGCACAUGGAGAUGAAAGCUGCUCUGAUGGGUGAAGACUUUGAAAAGGUGAAGAACUGGCAGAAGGACGCAUUCCACAAGCAGAUGAUCGGUGGAUUCAAGGAGACCAAAGAGGUGGAUGAUGGCUUCCGCAAAGCCCAGAAACCCUGGGCCAAAAAACUCAAAGAGGUGGAUGCGAUGAAGAAAGCAUACCACACCGCCUUUAAGGAGGAGAAGAAUGCCACCAGCCGAGAGACUACAAGCAAACUUGAGAACAACAACCCAGACGCGCAGAAGAAACUGCAGGAGAAGGUGGAGAAAUGCCAACAAGAAGUUCAGAAGACGAAGGAGCGCUAUGAGAAGUCUCUGGAGGAGCUGGAUAAACUGACCCCUCAGUACAUGGAGAACAUGGAGCAGGUGUUUGAACAGUGCCAGCAGUCUGAGGACAAGCGACUGCGCUUUUUUAAAGAGUUGCUGUUGAACGUCAAACAGCAUCUCGACCUCUCCACAAAUCACAAGUACAAGACUGUGUAUCACACGCUAGAAGACACCAUUCAAGGAGCUGACACAGAGGAAGACCUUAAGUGGUUCCGCUCGAACCACGGCCCGGGAAUGCCCAUGAACUGGCCUCAGUUUGAGGAAUUGUCUAUGGACUUGAAUCGAACGCUCAGUCGACGAGAAACGAAGAGAAAGCACAAUGAUGAAGUUACACUGAUGGGAAUCAGUCAAACUGGAGAUCAAGUUUCAAAAAGCAGCAGCAGCUUGACUGUGCCAUCUAGCACAGAACCAGCAUGUUUAAACCCGUUUGACGAUGAGGAUGAUGAAGAUGAAGAUGCAGCAGUUCAUCCGCCCAAGAGCAGCCCUCAAAAUACCACAACUGAACAAGUGGUUGCCAAAACUGCCAUUAGUGUGGAGAAGAGGGUUGAUUGGUCAGACGAGGAGACGGGGAAUCCUUUCGUGAGCUCAAAUGCUAAUGGCAAUCCGUUUGAUGAGGAGCCGUCUUCUCCUGAAGUGUCCGUACCCGUUCGCGCUUUAUACGAUUACGAGGGGCAGGAACAGGACGAGCUGAGCUUCAAAACAGGAGAGGAGUUCACUAAAAUUGGCGAGGAGGACGAGCAGGGCUGGUGUAAAGGACGUCUGUCAGACGGGACAAUUGGACUCUAUCCUGCCAAUUAUGUAGAAAGCGUUCAGUGAGCGUGACCGAUGAUUGUAUUUUACGCCAGUAGAGAUUCUUACUGAAUGCUCAUCUGUACACUGAUCUGACGCGCUACAGACAGUCAACUCUUCAUUACAGGCCACUGAUCAGCAUGAAAGACAGUCAUUAGAGAACAAUUAAUCAGAUCGUCUCAUCUCACCACUUAUUUAAAACAAAUCACAAUUAAAUUGCAAUAGAAAUGUGGAGUAUAAUCUUAAAGAAUAUGGAAAAUACAGGUUUUAAUGCAAAACAAAAGCGUGACAUUCACUUUGCACUAUUGUAUUCUUAAAUUUCAUAUUUUUCUUCACUUGAUUUUAUGAGCGGAACAUUUAUAAAGUCCCAUUUAACUGCCAUUUUACAAUUUUCUUAAAUUAGGAAAAACACGCGUUCCUCUUGCCAAACUCCACUGAUUCAGAGCGAUAGGUGCUGCUCAGGGUUCAAAUUCUAAAUGUCUAGAUCAAAUGCUGAAUUUACUUUUUUUAGAAAGAUAUUUUUUUAAAUGCUUCUUUGAUUUUCAUAAUUUAAGUGUAAAAAGCAGACAAAUCGAAAUGAUUUGAUUAUAUUUACCUGCUUCUUUCAAAUGGCCCUCGUUGACUGAAAAAAACAACAAAAAAAACAGAUCAACAAACUUCUAUAUAAACCCUGUGUUGACACUAUAUGUGACAUCUGUUUGAGGAGUGGCACUGCUUUAAUUCAUUUAUCACACAGAAUACUGUGCCCGCUAGAUGCCGUGUAAUAUCUUCAUUUUUGACCUCUUGUGUACUCACAUUGUUUUAUUUGAAUUUCUCUGUUAUUGUCGUUUGUUUUAGGAGUCUCACUGUCGGCUGUACCUUCACCUGCACUGGACAUUAUGCUGUAGUUCAAUACUAGAACAUGAUAAAUGAUUGUGUGGAAAACUGCCUCAUAUAUAUUGAGUUUCUCACACAGAUAGAGCGGCUACAGAAGUGAGCAUGUAUAUAGCAAUAUUCAGCACGAAUUGAAAGGAAACGGGGUGUUAUGAGUUUAAAUAUGGAGGAUUGUUAUGAAAUAUGCCUCAAGUGCUUUGACUAAUGCUGUGAUUCACAGUCAGAAUGUAUAUGAAAUGAGCGCUGUCAUGUAUUCAUUGCUUUACAGUUUUUAGAAAAUAUAAAUUAGACUACCCAAUGCCACCAAACCUCUCUGGUGGUCUUUACAUUGAGAUGUGAGCGUGUGAGUGAGCGUGUGAGUGAGUGUGUGAGUGAGUGUGUGUGUGUGUGAGUGUGUGUGUGAGUGUGUGUGUGAGUGUGUGAGUGUGUGAGUGUGUGUGUGAGUGUGUGUGUGAGUGUGUGAGUGUGUGUGUGAGUGUGUGUGUGUGAGUGAGUGAGUGUGUGAGUGAGUGUGUGAGUGAGUGUGUGAGUGAGUGUGUGAGUGAGUGUGUGAGUGAGUGUGUGAGUGAGUGUGUGAGUGAGUGUGUGUGUGAGUGUGUGUGUGUGAGUGUGUGUGUGAGUGUGUGUGUGAGUGUGUGUGUGUGUGUGUGUGUGUGUGAGUGUGAGUGUGAGUGUGUAAGUGUGUGAGUGAGAGUGAGUGAGUUGCAAUAUUCUCACAUGGAUAUUUUCACCAAUGAGCAGUACUUGAAUGAAAUGGACAAGUUUAUAUGGAAUGAAUGAAUUGAAUAUCAUUGUACACACAUGGUGACAUGUUCAGUUUGCAAAAUUCAGUCACACAGUUUGGAAGUUAUUUCAUUUUGGAUAUUGUCAAAUUGGCAAUAAAUAAACAGAACUUUUGUUUCUUUGA